AUGUCAGAAUCAACUUCAAGAGCUAGAAAAGUUGAUAAAGAAGUUUUAUCACAAUCUAGUGAUAAAUCAGUCGAACCAGUGUCAACUAAUAAAGAACCAGUUGCUUUAUUAGAUACUGAUGAACAAAAUGAUAUUAUAUCUAAAUUUCAAAGAGAUAAUAUUAAUUCAUUCAUUAGAUUCAAAAAGUUCAUCUUAUACUUAUUAUUUGCUCAAUUACCAUUACAAUUCAUUCUUUAUUCCAUUAGUAAGAAACAAUUAAAAAACAUAAUUAAAAAUCCAUCAUUAAUGGCAGAAAUAUCAGUAACAUCAUUAAUAAAUGGUAAUGAUAGUAUGUUAAAAAUUGGAGUUAGUAAUGUAUUAAUCUCCUUAUCCAUCGUGUUAUCUAUUAUUAACUUAUCAAAUUCCAAUAUCACAUCUUUGCAACCAGCAGGUAAUCAAUUAGAUUUAAGUAAUCCUUGGAUAAAAUUUGGCAUUGAAAACAUUCAUUAUAUUAAUGGUGCCAUUUGUAUUCAAAUUUUAAUCUUAUUAGUUAUAAAUCUUAAAAAGGAUUUAGUUUGGUAUUUGAAUUUAAAUUAUAUUUUACCAAUCAUGAAUUUUAUUAUUGUUCAAAUGUUUGAUUAUUGGUUUAAAGUAUUAGAUGCUGAUAUUAAACAUUUAUUGAAAUUAAGAUAUAAAUAUAAAAAUGUUUAA